CAUCUUUAUUCUGCAUUUAAUUUAAACAUAAUUGAAUAAGUGUAACGUUGCACUUGAGCUGUGACAGCCGGGGCGCGCGGCAAUGACUAAUUAGCUCAUCGAAAUCCGAUUUCGCCUUGUAACUAGGCGAAUUAUUUACUAAAACAAUAACGUACUCGCGUGCCGCUUUCGUAGUAUGCGGGCCGAUCAGUGCGUCCGCGCGCGCCGCUCGUGCGCGACAUGAAUUUGUACCAACGCGAAACACAAUACGAGACCGUCAACCGACACGCCGCAGACCAGCGCCACACCGUCUCCGCGGAAAGGAAAUUCCCCCCGCUCUCCCCGCGACGCGCGAAAAUCCUGGAGCUGUUAAAACCAGACGACCCUGGUCGGGACGAGCUCGAGGCGAUCGUCCGGGCGACGCCUAGGAGAGGCCUGAUCAAGCCUUACGAUGAGGACACUUGGCGGUUCCUCCAGAGGACUUUGCAGCCGACUGCCCAGUCCACGCCGGUCGCAGAAAAAGAGCAGACCAGUCCAAAGAAACAGCCGCGCCAGCCUGACCCAAAGCGAGAGCGGUCUUUAGCUGACGAGUUGCGGGAAGCUGAGGAAGACGAACGAAGCGGCAGUCACAUACGCAGGGAGUUGUUACGGGAGUUUCGGAAGCGAGGGGGCGGCAUAAGGGAAGCGUUAGAGCGGGAGCGCUUGGGCAAAUUGGCGUUGGCGGUGGAAGACGAUGAGGAGGACUUCGAAGACGAGAACGGGCUGACGAUCGCAGCGCGACGGCUUGAUGCCUUGCUGGCUGAGUCGAGGAACCUGCACGAGGAACUGGCAGAGAUCCACGAAGACAUCCAGGCGGAGUCGGCCCGCGCGUGCCGGUGCGCAGCGGUGGCGCGCGCGCUGACCGCGCAGUCGCAGGCGGUGCGCUACCUGGACGACGUGGUGGCGCUGCUGCGCGGCAACGUGGCGGCCGCGUGGCGCGUGCGCUCCUGGCCCUUCGCGCUCGGCUGCAGGCAGCCAGACAGGAACUAUAUUAUAUGAAGUUGAACGAUAAGAAGGGUGAAAGGUUCCAUCGUCGUCUUCUGAGGUGACACCAAGUAUCGUUCAACCCGUGGACCGCAUGCAAUGUAGAUAUAGUUUCGAUUUACUAUACGUUGGUAAUCCUUUAUGGUUUUUUGUCAAACAGAACGCAAACUUAGCGUAGUACAACACAAUUCUUCGUCAUAGCGUGGCGUAAGGCUAGCGCUAAGCAUGCAUUCUGUCUGGCAGAGCCAUUAUGUAUGUGGUGUGACGUCACCUCGCCCUCACGACGACCCUAUGGAUUUUGAGUGCAUAAAAUUACAUAAACUGCCCGCGAUUGUAUCCUCAUAACAGCAAUUCUUUAGCUAUAGAAUUAAUUAUGUUUAUAACUUGAAUAUAUAAUAAUGAAUGUUAAGAAUAUUGUGUCAAAAAAAUCCUAGUGAGAGACGAAAUAAUUUUUGGUCAUUUUAUUAAGUAUUUUAAUGAAUUGCAGACUGUGAACUAGAUCCAGUCAUAUUGCUGUUAAUCAAUUUACAAAGAACGUAAUUAUCUCAAUCGACAUCCCAGAAAUUUUUGUUUUUACGCGAUAAGGCCGUGUGUUUUUAACCGAUUGAUUUGGUACUUGGUCAAAUUUUAGAAUUUGGAGUGAUAUCUCACCUCCAUCGACUUCGAUUACCUUUCUUGUAGAAGAGAAUUAUUUUAUUAGAGCAAGCAAAGAAGUACGUAGGCCUGAUGAUGAGCCACCGCCCCUAAACACUUAUAACACAGGUGGUGAUACAGGGGCUUUGCCGCCGUUUAAGUAACAAAAUUGUAGUGUAUCUUUACUCAAAUUACGUGCCUUUACUGGAUAUUAAUACAAGAUAUUAUUACAAAAAGAAUACACGGAAAAUAAGACUCCAUUAAAUAUUUCAAUGUAAGUGAUUUUUAAUGAUAUAAGAUGUAAUAGAUGUAGGUAUAAAAGUGUAUAAGUUUAUCGAUUAAGGUAUUUAGUAAUUUUUCUGAGACUGAUAAUCUAUGGUUAGUGAUAUUUUCCUACUGCAGAUGUAUUUAGUUUUUAUGAUCUCUAUAGACUAC